AUGCUCGGCGCAACAAGUAAAGAUGGGGGUUCCGGCUCCGUGUUUCUGCCCGAAUGGGAGGAAUCGCUCAUCAAGGAACUGGGCCCCACCGUGCUGCUCUCCUCGGCGCUUGCGUUUGCGUUCUUCGGACCGAAGGCACAGCAGUACUUUCUGAUUGUGAUCGGGUUUUUGUUCGGGACCCUGCUGAGCUUUUUUUUCCUCACUACGGAGGUGGCGAAAAGCGUUUUGUCCACCGCGUCUAGCCCAAAUGCGCUGGCCGCAAUCCCGGAGCUGCUGCAGAAGUCGCCCGACGCACAGAAGAAUCUGCUGCUAUCCGUCGUUCCGGGGCUGGUGUGCUCCUUCUGCUUCUACAAGCUGAUUCGGUUCAGCAUCUACCUACUGGGACUCAUGCUCGGCGCCUUCGUAGCCAAACAGUUCGCUAUUUCCUUUUUCGAGGCCCACGCGGACUCCAUCGUCAUGAGAGCAGUAUAUGAGAAGGUGCCUAGUUGGCAAUUUAACAUCUUCGUCUACUGGAUUUUUGCCAUGGCAGGCGCAAAGUUCCUGUCCAGAGGCACGCUAGGCUGAGACGCUUCGACGCUGUUUUGACCUUGAACCUUCAUAUUUGUAGCCUGCUGUGUUUGCUGUGGGUGCUUGCCCUGCCUGUACUUAACUGCUUUUCAAAUUGUCUCAGUACUUAAGUUUUUUGCUGGGAUGAACAAGCUACCUCCUGCACUUGGAAUUGGACGAUUACCUAGCAGAACUGUUUUUCGUGAAGGUAAAGCACCACUGCCACUGCCUCUGUGCCCCUCAAGAAGAAAGGCAGUGCGUACUGAAAAUCUGCCCUCGGUUCCUUUUGUUCCUGAAGAAGCCAAGAAUCAUUGUUGUUGAGCGACG